AUGGAGCAGACUCCUCAGGUUUGGCACAUGCAGGUUCCCCACAGGGACGUAGCUGGAGAGCUGGAGAAGAAAGUGUCAAUCAGCAGCCAGCCAGAGUGCUCCAUCUGCUACAACACCUACGACAAUGUCUUCAAGACACCCAAGCUGCUGGAGUGCACCCACACAUUCUGCCUGGAGUGCCUGUCCCGCCUCAUGGCCGUCUCUCUGGGCGACCAGGACGGCGGCGGUGGCGGUGGCAGCAGCAGCAGCCAGCUUUCUUGUCCCUUCUGUCGCCAGCUCACCAUCCUGCCCGAGGAGGGACCCCCGGCCCUGGCCACCAGCCGCGAGGUCCUGUGCAAGCUGCCCAGCCACCAGCAACAGGAGGAGCCCGUGUGGCUGGAGGGGCAGAAGCUGUGUUACAAAAGCCCCGGUCAUGAGUUGGGCUCGGGCGCUUCCAGUGACAACCCCACGGCCCUCUGCAUCUGCAUUGACAUUGGGGCCAGCAAGGCGGGAGAGGCCGCGGUCCAGACCCGGACCCGGACCUUGGGUGUGCUGGAUCGGCUCACGGACUGGAAGAGGCUGAUGCUGUUCAUUGUGCUGAUGGUGCUGCUGGUUGUCAUCGUGUUGUGGCCGCUGCAGUGCAUCGUGACCACAGGCAACAUGCGCUGCCUGCCGCGCAACCCAGACAACAUCAUCAGCACCUCCACCACCACUGCCCCAUUCACCAGGCCGGCCCAUUCCCCAAUUUAA